CUCUGCGGCCGCAUCAAUCGAAUCAUAUUCCCAUCCAACCUGCUCAAAACAUGAAGUCAAUUAUUGAGAUCAGCGGCAUCUGUAUCGUGGUCCUCAUUCUCUGCAACAUGGAGAUUUCAAGGGCGCAGACCAGUUCUCCCAGCUCUGGUAGUACGACAUCGGAUGACUCUCCCAAGAAUGUUUACGUGUCCAAUCUCGUGUACUCGAAUGUGCGAAGGAUUCGGGUAGGCAGCACAACCACUAGCAGCACCAGAUCCCGGAGUGCCAGGAGCAAGAGCAACAGAAAGCUGAGUGCCAAAAAGGCCCAAGCAAAACGAGGCAGCCAGGCCAAGCGCUUGAACAACCGAAGCUCUAACUCCCGACGGGUGAGGGGUUAAAUUGUUGUAAAACUGAUUUUAAAGGCAUUUUAUUUAUUGCCGUUCUAAACACAAAACACUUAAGCUUACCGUCGCGAAGGGAUAAUUAAAUUAUAUAAAUACGUAA